AUGCCUGAAUUAAUUGUAAUUAAUCCUUAGCUUAUAAACUUUAUAAAGCUUAUCAUCAGAAUAGGAAGUGUGAUAAAAUUUGAUUGUAAUGUUUCUGCAUUUGAGGAUAUUCUUGAAAAUAAUUGUGAAAAAUAAUUAUUUAUAGAAAAGCUUCAAUAUCUAGAACACUUGGAAGUUAAAAUUCUAAGUAAUGGCAAUAAGCAAUUAAUAUUGAAUCCAAAUUUUGGAAUCGUAGAAAAAUUGGCAACUUCAUUUCAUACACCAAAUUUAGAUGAAUUAUUAGCAUAGUUUCUGAGAAGUUAGGAACUGUAAACUUAGUUGCUUAUAAAAUUAUAUUGCAUCAUUAGCAGUCUGUAAAGCUAAUUUAGUUAAAUUAUUACAAACCUUAUUAAUCUUGCAAUAUAAAAUUAAGAUAAGGAUGAACCUAUAAAAAAUAGAGUGUUUAUGACCAAUUUAGAACUAAUAUUUUAAACAUAAAAGCAAGAAAAAGAUCAAAUGGAAGUUAAGCCCAUUAACUAUUAAUACCAAUAUAAUAAAUUGCUAAUAUAUUAAUAAGCAGAAAAUAAUCUAAUAACAAAGGCCUUUGAUCUUCUAGAUAAUACAAUGUAUCCUAAAAGAAAGAGAAGUUUUGAAAAAGAUAAAGAAUCUGCCUAUUAAAAUUUCUCUUAGAAAAAUCAAUUUGAAAUGUCGAUGGACAUCUUUAGAGUAGAUCCCUAUAUGUCAUACUAAGCAUUAUUUUCAUAAGUAGCUCCUCCUUAACAAUCGCCUGUUUUAACUCAUGUUUCCACAUUUCCAAAUCCAAAUAGUUUAUGCUUAUCUCCAACAAACUCAGAUAGCCAUAGUUUUACAUCAUAAAAGAAUAAGGGACUCAAUUAUUAAUUUAAUUCAGUCUAUCAACACUUAAUUGAUUAAAAUCAAUAUGCUUAAAUCAGUCAAUAAAAUAUCGACGCUUAGAUAAGACAAAGGAAAAUGCUUAUAAAUCAAUAAUAAAACUAAAGAGUUUCAAGAAGUAAAUCCAAUUCAACUGUGAUAAUGCCUGAUAUAUUUAAAUAGAUUUGUUUAGAUAGUGGUAAAGGUGAUGAAAAGAGCGAUGAAAAAUCAAAAUAGAAGGGAACUAAGAAAACUUUAAAUAUAAACUAGAAUCAAAAAAAAGCUUUUUAAAACAAACAAUUCAUAAAUAAAUGA